GAGUGGAGGACUUAAAAAAAGUCCGUAAAGAAAGAGAGGUUCCUCUUUAACGUUAAUUUCUGUCAAAGAACAAAGCUUUGCGGCGAAGAGAUGUCAAACGGCGACGAGGAUGCGGUUGAGAAGGUGUAAACAGCGAGCGGAGAGCUAGCGAAAUAACUUGUUUAAAAGAAAGAAGGAAGAAAAAGAAAAAGGCUUUUCGGCUGUGGGUCGAGUCGGGGCGGUCGGUCGUUUUCCGCGACGCUGCCGCUGCUUGAGCAGAAUUCAACGCUGGUAGUUACGGGACGAAGAAGCGGGGGCCAGCAGCGAGGUCUCGGGCGCGCGGACGGGGGGGGGGGGGGGGGGGGAGCAAAGCCACUCGGUCGGCAGAGAGCCGGGGAGACGGACCCGGGAAGAGAGAGAGAGAAAGAGCCGCUACAAAAAGUUUUCAGCGCAUCUUCCUCACCUAGUUUUCCAGCUCGGGAACCAGAGGGGGGAGGAAGAGGAAGAGGCAGAGAGACUGACUUUUUUUUUUUCUCUACUUCUUUUCCACAAGCAACUUUUGUGGAAUUCAUCCCGUUCAGUGAACUUUCAUCCGCCGGCUGUCGAGCGACGCGACACGCAGGAAGACAUGAAAACACCUGGAGACAAUGGGAUCGCCUUCCCAGACUGGGCCUACAAGCCCGAGUCGAGCCCGGGGUCCAGGCAGAUCCAGCUGUGGCACUUCAUCCUGGAGCUGCUCAGGAAAGAAGAGUAUCAUGACGUCAUCGCGUGGCAGGGGGACUACGGCGAGUUUGUUAUCAAAGACCCAGAUGAAGUGGCCCGGCUGUGGGGUGCCAGGAAGUGUAAACCCCAAAUGAACUACGAUAAGCUGAGCAGGGCACUCAGAUAUUACUACAACAAGAGGAUCCUCCAUAAGACCAAAGGCAAGAGGUUCACCUACAAGUUCAACUUCAAUAAACUGGUUUUGGUCAACUACCCCUUCAUCGACAUGGGCUCCACCGGAAGCAACGUUCCUCAGAGCGCCCCUCCCAUCCCCACCGGGGCGGGGAGCCACUUCCGCUUCCCCCCCUCAACACCCUCCGAAGUCCUCUCCCCCAACGAGGACCUGCGCAGCCCCGGCGGCAUGUUCAGCUCCGUGGCCCGGCGGAUGGCCCGCGGCUCCGUCAGCGACUGCAGCGACGGCACCUCGGUCAACUCUGAGAUCGAGGAGGGGAACGUCGGGGCGGGAGAGGAUAGGGGAGAGAGGGGCGGUGGAGGAGGAGGAGGAGGUUACCGAAGUAUCAUCCAUCCCCGCCUGUCUCACGAAGCCCUGUUCCGCAUGUACGGAGGACCAGGGAACCCCGUCGGGCACCCGGGCUCCCGCCACACGGGCCACCGGAUCCACCCGGACUCCCUGUCGCCCUUCCCCGUGUCCCCUCUGCCCGGGCCGGGGGGAGCUGGCCUCCUAGCCCCUCCUCUCUCCCCGGCGCUCUCCAUGACCCCGACAUCUCACCUGCCCUACACCCCCUCACCCACCCUGUCACCCAUGUUAGGCUCCCACUUCUCCUUCAACCCAGAGGACAUGAAGCGCUACCUGCAGGCCCACACCCAGUCGGUAUACAACUACGGCCUCAGCCCCCGAGCCUUCCUCCACUACCCCAGCAUCAUCAUCCCUCAGCCCCACCGGCCGGCCGCCGACAAGUCCGGUCUGACCGGCGAGAGAGGGGCGGCCGAGAGGGCGGAAAGGGCCGCGACGGCGGGGGGAGGGGAGCGGCACCUCCAUCCGUCUCUGGCUCACUCUGCCCACCACCACCAGCACCCGCCUCAUUCCGCCCACCCUCACACCCACUCCCACCCCAUGCACCACCCGCUCCACCUGGGCGAGGAGCCGCCACACAUGUCCCCCUUCAAGUUCAAGCUGCAGCCCCCGCCACUCGGGAGGAAGCACCGGGACGGUCAGAGCCACAGUAAAGCCCGGCAGAGCUCCCUGUCCUCCGGGUCCAUGACGUCUACGUCCGGCCUGGGCUCCUCGCUGUCGUUCGGCAGUGACCUGAGCUCGGCCAGCGGCUCCGGCCUCGUCUCGGCCUCUUCCUCCAUGCAGUCCCUAAACAGUGCUGGACUUCCCAAGAUAAAGGUGGAGGCCAUAUCUGAUAUUGAGUCCGAGGAAGAGGUCGAGGUGACCGACAUUAGUGAUGAAGACCCAGACGAGAGAGACGAGGAGUUCGAACUCUUCUCCCCUCGCCACUCUCGAGCCCCGGACCACCACCGCCACCUCCUGCACCACCACCACUACCACCUCGCUAACGGCACGGCCGCGCCCCAACACCCACCCCAUCCCGACGAGGACCUGGACGAGGAUGUCUUCAAGGCCCCGGCUCCGCCUCCGCCUGGCCUGAUGCCCUUCUUCACCUCGCAGCACACGCACUCGAACGCACAGCGCCCGCUGCCCGGCGCCCUCAAGAGCGAGCCCGCCGACGCAGGGGACCUCAACACGCCCCCGCCUCAGACGAGCUCGGUGGAGCCCCCCCAGACGAAGUGCAUCCCCCUAAAGCUGCGCUUCAAGAGGCGCUGGAGCGAAGACCAGCGCAUGGAGGCCUCCCAGGAGGAGUCGGACGACAAGAAGGUACGAUCAGAGGAGGAGAGGGAAAGAGAGAGGGAAAGAGAGAGGCAGAGCAACGGCCGGAUGGAAACGGAGGAGGACGGCACCGGCAGCGGGGAAGGGGACAGUCCGCCCCCGUUGACCCCCGAGGGCUCUUUAGCCGCACCGCUGGCCUCGCCGCGCAGGGCGAGCGCCGAGCUGCAUCGAGCCACCGCUCAGCUGUCUCUGGAGAACAAAGACUGCUGAUGAGAGACGCGGCCCAAACACGACUGGAGGGGCCGCGGGGGGGUGGACACGGCUCCUCGGUGACCUCUCUCCCAAACUAGAGUCCUGAAGCCACCAGUGAACUGAGAGCACAGUCCAACACGCAGAGGAAACCAACACCGUGAAGACCGCCUGA